AUGACCCCUCAGCGCUUCGAGAGGCUUAUGCGCGAUUGCGAAUUCGAUCAAGGAGCGCGCUCUGAACUGCAAGAUUAUCUUCUAGCAAACGACGUCAGCCUCCCUCGAUACGUGGUUGCUCGCGUGGAUGUGAUGUUAGCGCCCGUGAAUCGCCUGCCAUCACAGAUCCUCGUUCGCGUGUUUGAGCUUGUCGCCGAGGACGACCCACCUUAUCGAUCUUUCCCUUCAAAGCACACAUCGCACCGUCCGCUUCACCGCUCUCUGGGAUGGCUUCGCAUAACUCAUGUUCAGGGCAGAUGGAGGUAUCUAUGCAUGAAUACGCCCGAACUAUGGUCCUUUCAUAUCGGCAGGAUCCCUGAAGCUACAAACUUCUUUCUGGAAUGGAGCGGGCACAGCACGCUGCUUGACAUCCAUAUAGAGUCUGGUAACCCUCUAGCGCGCUAUUCAGACUUUGACGCCAUCGUGUCCGGCCACUUCAUCGAACGCUUGAGGGACUUCGUCUGGUACUCACCCAAGCCAUCGUCCGUGCGGCUCUUCGCUGCAGCCUUGUGGAGUUCUAGUAAACCCCUAGUGGGGCUACACAGUCUCCUACUUGAGUAUGAAGGUCUUAGAGAGCUCGAUUUGUUCCACCAGGACCCUCGCUAUACGCCUUUUACUGCGCCGAACGCCACCUACAUGGGCUUUACUCGAUGCUUUAUACCCUUCACCGGCCCACGAGUGACUCACCUCGAUCUCAACGGCGUCGUCAUAUCGUGCAUUCGACUUCUCGACGUCUUGAGGGGAUGUCCGCUCCUGGAGUUCUUGGAUCUCAUGGCCUGCAUCUACACUGGCGACUUCACAGGUUGCUCCAUCACAUACCUAAACAAACUGCAAAACAUCAACCUCACGGGCUUUUCGGACGAAAGAUCACCGUCGUCGGUCUAUAAGGGUAUCAUCGAGCACCUGGUGAUGCCCACAACUGCAUCCUUGCACAUCGACGUCAACGACGAGCCUGGCGACUCAGAAGAGUUCGACUACAUUGUACCCCUCGUGCGCUCCGUGUGGCGAGAAGACCCACCCACAGGGCUGAAGAUUGUCGAGUUUGGCCGUGCGCGACAUCGGUGUUUCGAGCUUUACACUGGUGUUCGCUCUGAACCGAAGAACACCCAUUACGAACACCCCUACGAGAAUUUCGCGCAGGCUUGCAAGCGAGCACGCUUUCAUGUAGCAUCAUCGAAAGAUCUCUCACGGGCACUUUUGAAGAAAUUGCCCAUAUGCACGGAGCUGGCCGGAAUCGUCUACUUGUCCGUGGACAUGGCGGAGUUCGACUUGAUAGGUUGGACGUGGAUGUUUCUGGUUCUACCCAAUCUACAGACCCUUCAGUCACUCUGUCGAAAGGGAAGCGGCGCAGAUGAUUCGGACGACAGCGCCAAGACGGGGAAUGAUGCCUAUAGGGUGCCGGACAUCUUCACCGCGCUCGCUUCACCUGUCGCGAGCGCUACCACGUCGUCUCGUCCUUCGAAGCCCUCUGCGACCCUGCCGUGUCUCGCCUGUCUCUGGUUAGCAAAGUCUGCAACACACUGGUACGAGAUCGACGAACACGAUCUCCUCAAGAAACUGGUAUCGAUCGUCAAGACGCGCGCUCAGUUGCUCGCGCCUACUUUGUGGAAUAUCAAGCUCGACGUCGUCGGCGAACCCGGCGAGGAGGACGACUGUUACCAAGAUGCGCAAGCAUUGAGUGGGCUGGUGGAGAACGUAGCAUGGGAUACAAGUCAAGCUUAG